AUGGAGAACACAAACAAUACUUAGGACUCACUCCUUCAGAAACAACAAGUUAGCAGUUUAGAAGAAUUAGAGCAAAAUGCAGCUUUACUUGGAGACUAACUUUUAGACGAUAAAUUUUUGAGUUUGACCAUAGUAGACCUUAAUCAAAGAGAGAUUUAAUUAAAAAUGGUUCAAUAUGAGAUGGUAUUAGAAUUGAGAGAGUUUUUGAAUGAACACGUUUAUACAUGCUUCUAUACUCAUUAUUAUUUCGAGCAUGCAGGAGUUAAGCUUAAUGAUUACACAGAGCUUGCAGUACUUGACUUAGCAUCAGAUAACAAGAUAUAUCUUAGGCCAGAAAAAUACGAUGAGAAGAGUGCUAGAUAACAUAUUAAGAGAAUAAAGGAUAUUUUGAGCUCUCCACCUGUCCUUUCUGCUCAAACUGAUUAAUCAUAAGCAUAAUAACUUCAAAAUCAACUUUCUACUGCUGAAAAGAGUUUAGCCCAAACUGAAUAGGAAAAUCAAGAUGAGAAUGCAGCUGCAGUUGAGGGUGCUGCUUUAUCGAAUGAAAAGAAAUAAAAUAACUAAUAUGAAGAGAAGUUAAAGAAGAAUUAUGAAGAUUUUAUGUCAAUUAUUGAAAAGGAAUCUAAAAAGGAGAUCCCCUUACCCCAAAAGAACGGGCAUUCUCUUCUCAAGGAUCUUUUUAAGAAUCCAAUUGAGAAGGAAAUGAAUAAAAUCAACUAUAUUAAGUGUGUAGAGAGUAUUUAAUUCUCAUUGUUCAAUCCAGUUCCACCUUAUAGGAGAUUAGUUGGAGAUUUAUUCUAUCUUGUGGUGAAAACUAUUGAUAGUGGAGAUAUGGGUAUUACAUGCUGUGUCAAUGGAUUUUAUAGAAAUGAUAAUAUUGAAAAGUAACAAUAUGGACCAGGUCCAUCAACUAAAUCAAGCCCUUGUUUCUCAUACACUUUAGUUGGCUGUUUAUAUCAAUUAUCACCUUAAUUUGGAAAAAAUCUAGAGACCUAUAUUGACUCUAUUUUGAAUACUGAACCAUAUUUCCUGACAUAACCAAUGAUUCCAGUCCAUUUCUGGUUGAUUGAAGAAGAUAAGUUAAAUGCUUAGAAACUUUCUAACAAUAAAGAUGAGACAGCUUCAACUUUAGUUCCUUUAUUCGGAUUAGAUCCAAAAGGUAUUCGUGACUGGAAUGAAGAGUUCUAAGUUGUCAAAGAUUUCUCAUCUGAUUCAUUUGUUUAAAGAAUUUAAAGAGAUAGAGCUAUCCAAAAAGUCUAUAAUGACUUUUUGGAAGCAGCUGUAAAAGGUGCUCAAGCUAUUGUUAAUGGAAACUUGAUGCCUCUUAAUCCAAACGAAACUGAGAGAUAACAGGUUUUCGUAUAUAACUAUAUUUUCUUCAGUUAUGCUAUCGACUUGAUUGAUUCCUUCAAGGAUCUCACUAGCUCAGAGAAUAAUCCCAGUUUCACUCAGGCAAAUCAUGAUAUAAUGGGAUUGAGAUAGCUUUAAAUUCUAGAUGUCCAGGGACUUCAUAUAUUAGCAACCUGCUUAGUAAAUUAUAGAGGUCAAAGAGUGAUUGCACAAAGCAUCAUUCCAGGUAUUCUGAACAACAAUGAUCUCACCUCAUUAGCUGAAUAUGGAUCAGUUGAUGAGAAUAAAACUAUAUACGCUAAAGAAGACUUCCAUUUAUUGAUGAAAAAAGUUUGCGAACAACUCAAUAUUAAAGUAAACAAAGUUAUUGAUGGCUCCGACAAAGAAGUCGAAAUUGCUGGAAGCGUUGAAGUAAAGGGUAUUAAGGGAACCGAUAAGAGAAACUAUUUAGUUGAUUUAUAAGGACUCACUCCUAGAGAUGCCAACUACAAGGGUGAUGAUUAUCACACUUGUCUUCUCAGACCAGAGCUCUUACUCAUCUAUCAAAGAACCAGAAGUAUUGAGUAUGCUCAGGCUAAAAUGGCUGAAUUCAAUAAGCAAUUAGAAGAGGAAAAGUCUAAAGAAGAGCAAAAGAAAGUUGAGGAUAUGACUGAUUUAGAGAAAGAAGCCUAUGCUGGUAAGAGAGCUGAAGAAAAUCUUAGAAAGCUUAAGGAAUUUGACAAGUAUUUGAAGGAAGCACCGAAAUUCACUUACAAUACUAAUGUAUUCAAGAACGUCAAGUUUGCUGAGCCAGAGGAAGAUAUCAAGAAAGAUGAGGAUCUAGUAGAAGAUAUUGCUAAAUUCUUAAAAGAGCAAGCAAUUCCAAAACUUGUUAAGGAUCUUCAAAGUGUUGAAGGUGUUCCCACUGAUUCUGAAAGUUUAGAGGCAGCUUUCCACUCUCAUGGAAUAAACAUGAGGUAUCUUGGGCAUGUUGCUAAUGAAAUUAAAGAUCAAGAAUUAAACCAUCUUAAGACUCUUCUUGAGAGAGAAGCUGUAUUUAGAUCAGCUAAGCAUAUCUUCAAUGAACAUAUAAGAGAAAGUUCAGAUACCUACCUUUCAUCUACAAUUAGUCAUCUAUUCAAUCUUCUACUCUCCCCAUCCCUCUUUGUUAAUCUAAUGAACGAGGAAAAAAUUCAAUAUGAGGAUCACACAAUUCAAAAUAUCAUUAAGCCAGUAACUAUAGAAUCAAAGAGAGUUGAAAAAGAUAAUAAAGAUGAAAAGUAAAAGGAUGACGCAGCAGCUGAGCCAGAUAAUGAAGCAAAAUAACUUUCUAAAAAUGAGAAAAAGAAGCUUAAGAAGAAGUAAAAGCAAUCAACUAAAGAGGGAUAAUAGCCAAGUGAGAAAGUUAAAACAUAAAAAAAUACUGAAUAACCAUCUGACCUCAGUGAUUUGCUUUUCAAGUAAAAUCUUGAACUAUAAAACUUUUCUAUUGAUGAUUUAUUCAAGGAAAAAUCUAUUGCAAACAGCUUACUUCAAAUUGAGAGGCCAUAAGCUUUGUCUUUAAAACCAAAGGAUCUAUAUGAAAGAAUAAGAUAUGUCGCUGAGAAAAGAUACAGCUUAGUACUUCCUGAAAAUCAGACUGAUUUAAAAUGUCUAUAACAUCCUAACUAUAAGCUCUCAUUGUUGAGAGAUCUAUGCAUCAAACUAGGAAUAAAAAUAUUAAGCCACUCAUCCAAAGAUUACAUCCUAGAUAACGAUGUAAACACUCUGCUAAGUAAACUUUCUCAACAAAUUGCGAAUGAUGCAAACAGACAAGCUCAAAAGCAAGAUAAGAGUAAAAAGAAGGCUCAAGUUCAGCCAUCUCAGCUGACAGUUGAACUCUUAGAUAAGUAUUCCUACUUACCAUUCCAAUACUCUGACAUUAUUGAAAUUUACCCAGUCAUUAAGCAUCUAGAUCUUUAAAACAAUGAUGUGAGAUAAAUGCUAGCUCAAGCCAAAUAAGCAUAUAAGGAUGGAUUCUUUGAGAAAGCUUUUGAGCUUUACUCAUAGUGCAUUAACUCAUUGCUUUAAAUCACUGGCCCUAUGAAUAGAGAAGUAGCUUCUUGUAUUUCAAAAUUAGCUAGUAUUCAGUUUAAGUUUGGAGAUUUCCUUCAAGCCAUUGAACUUCAAACUAAGAGCAUUAUUUUGCAAGAGAGAGUUUUAGGCUAUGAUCACCCAUAGACUGCAUAUAGCUACUCUAAUCUUGCUCUCUAUCAUCACACUUGUGGAUAUUUCAGCAAGGCAUUCGAUUACAUGCAAAGAGCAUUAAAUAUUCUUAAGAUUGCAAGUGGUGAAAAUCAUCCAGAUAUUUCCUCAAUCUACCUAAACCUUGGAUUAAUGUAUCAAGAUUUCGAGCAUUUCUAAGCAGCUAUUGAUUGUUUCCUUGAAAGUCUAUAUAGAAAUAUCAAUCUAUUUGGAGAAAAUCACAUCCAAGUAGCAAGUUGCUAUCAAGCAAUUGCCCAUGCCUAUUUCUAAUUAAAUGACUACAGGAAAGCUCUUGAUAACUAGGAGAAAGCUCAUUAAAUAAUUACUAAGAUUCUACCAGCUGAUGAUCAAUAUGUCAAGAACUCCUAAGCUCAAAUGGAUCAAUUCAUGAAGCUCUCUGUGUUUGUUGAAAAGAUCAAGAGUCAAGAAAAGAAUGCUAGACCAAUCGGUUCAAACAAAUCAAACACCAAUUAACAAGUUGCUAAAUAACAAAAACAAGCUGCUCAAAACGCUUAAGAAAUUCAAUAAUAACAAUAAAUGUAAGGCAAAGGAAGGGGAAAUAUUAGAUAAAAUGCAUUGUAUCAUAGAAUGUAAAAUCAAAAGAAUAGAAAUGUAUUAGAUUUACUUGAAUACAACUAUAUCAGAGAAUAGCAAGCAUUAGCUGCUCAAAGAUUGAUGAAGGAAUAAUUAAAUGAAUCACAAAAGGAUAAAGAGUCAGAAGAGAAGAAUCAGUGA